AUGCCUGGUUCCAACUCUGAAUCCCACGCUUCUGGCAAUGACGAAGACAUAGCAGAAAUCCCAUCCGAAUCCAUGGCCUUGGCUCAUCCCCCUGGAUCCCCACUGUCCGUGGAAGGCGUGUUUCAACAGCUACUUAACAGGAUGGCCUUGAUCCUCGAAAUGACGGAAAUUGGUUCUACUUUUAUGAACUUGGGGGUAUCAGAUGGCGCUCUUCUUCAGUUCAACUCUGUGUUUAUCGACUUGGCUGAAUUGAAGGAACCAGCAGCAGAAGCCUGCUUCGUGGCAGUUCGGUCAUUCAGAGAAGAUAUCGAAUGUUGCAAGGAUGACCGCCACCGUUUUCGAAUGAUAGCACUUUACAGGAUAGAGAGCUUUGGGAACUACCUUGAUGGCCUCCUGAAACUUGUUGAAAUGCCAGCGUCACUCAACAAGAUCCAGUCCUGUCUCACCCUUAUCGCAGGUGAAUUGUCCACGCCGCCAAUCACCAGUACUGAGAUUCUGUUUGAUGUUGAAGAUCUUUAUUCGUCAUUAGGUGGUGUAGCUUUCGACAUCUGCCUUUUCUGGAAUCGUGAAGGCAAAGCGUACGGACUUCCUCGAAGCGUCUCGAGCGCCAUUGUUGCAUUAUUCGGCUACAACAUGAUCAUACUGAUCGAUAUCCCUUGUAUCAUUUACAGGUUUAGGGAAGUUGGCAUUAAGAAACCCAUUGCGUUCGAUAGCUUGAAGUAUCCUGGCCUCUCCCACGGGAAAGAGGCCUUGCCACAUCUAAAGAGGUCCCAGAAACGAAUGGUAAUUAGCGCUUUGCCCAUUCUUUUAAUAAUGUGCUUCUAUGACAUUCAAUACAUUCUUGCAUGGAUGAUUGUGGGCCUUGUUAAGUAUACAUUCUGUUCGCUAAAGACUCGUACUAUUCGCGAUAGAUACUCGGUGGAAAGGUUCUUCAUGUUGACCUCCCGAGGAGGUGCUGACGAGAGGAAUUGA